ACCUAUCCGUGGGAUCCGUGGUGCAUCGAAGCAGGUGUCGGCAAUAGUGGUGUAUGUGAUGUGUUGCAUGAAGAUAGAUGAGGCUCCGCAGUUGGUUUUUGCACGUUGUUGUAAUGGAAAACAAGCUUGUGGCUGCGAAGUGUGAUCGACAAAGUUUAGAAGUAUUAGAUUUAUUAACAGAUUUACGAGAUUAAUAGGUGUAGUGGAUGGUAUGUGUUAGACAUAUGGCGUUUGUUGUGACUGUUUACAUCUUCAUCCGUAGUUGUUACUUUGCUGUAACCAUGUGUUUUACGAGUUGACAAAGUGAUUGCUGCUGAAGUAUGAAGUGAUGCAAUGAAUGUUGCAUUUUGCCAAAUCACAUUUUGCUCCACCUUCUUUGCUCUAAGCUGACCUCCCUCUUCUAAUUUUGCUAAGGUUCUGAAGAGAAUAGAAAUGGCAUCAAGACGUUUGAGGAUAAAGCCUGUUGCUAAUGUGCCCAUCAGGCGAGGGAAGAAUGCGAGUGAGAGUGUAAAGUCUGCUAAAGCAAGUGAGAAUGGAGAGAAAGAGGACCUCAUAAAACAGACACAAGAAGAUGCAUCAGACACUCGACCCGUAGAUGGAAAUUCAAACGAUAUUAACUGCUCACCUUCAGAAGACAGUGAACAGAAUAAUAUUCCACACAGUGUGGCUAGUGAACAGAAUAAUAUUCCACACAGUGUGGCUGAUUUAUGCUCUCAGAGUGUAAGCCCUGGUUUUAACGAUGUUGCUGAAACAUUAACUGCAGGUCCACAUGAUGCAGACGAAACCAUAAAGUCACGAGUAAGCAUUUCAGGUAUGGAAGCUGAAACAGUUGGAAAUGAAGCAGCCUCUACUAAAUGUGAAACCAUUAUUUCUGGUAUAUCAUCUUUAUCAGAUAAGAAGGUUCCACCGGGACUUGUGCGGAAACGUAUGAAGCCUCCUGUUAGCAUCCCUGCUGCUGCAAGGAGACCAAGGGUGUCAAGUGAAAUCCUAAAUGGUGAUAAACUAGCAAGCACGUCAUCAGUUGUUAAUUGUAUUAAAAAUAUUCAGGAAGAAUGCGCACAGCAACACACAGUAAGAAAUGAGGAUGUUAGUGAGAGGACCAGUCCGAUAUUGCCUUGUUAUCCAAAAGAGAAUAAUGAGGUGCCUUUUUCAAGUGGAAAGGGUAUUGGGGUUGGGGUUCCAGGAAUAACACAGACAAUACCUACUGGAACAGCUAUCCGCCCUCAGUAUGACAGAAAUACAGGUGUUUCUACACUUGAUGUGAAUGGAGAAGCUCCCCAAUCCUUACCUGAACCUGAUCUGCCUUCAGAAGGAGCUGGUGGAGGUUACAGUAGUGUAUUACUAAAGCCAUCAUCUUCUCAAGUGAAUGUAGUUCAAAGAUCUAGGUUCAUUAAACCAGGUCCAUGUAUUUUGGAUCCAAGCAUGCGCAAACGUAAGUUUGCGGGAAGUAGUGUAAGUGGUAAUGAGUCUGAUGACUCAAGGAAAAUUCAGAGUUCUGAUUCAUUACCAUAUGAUAGCAGUGGGAAGGUUAUGCCAGAGCAAGGCAGGCCAAAACUUGCUUGUCAAACCUCAAACAUGACUGAUCAAACUGAGAGUCGGAAGCAAGGAAGUGAAGCAAGUGCCAGUGAAUCAGAAGAUGAGCCAAGGAAAUGCAUGUCAGAUGCAAGUAAUGUAUCUCCUGUGAUCAGGAAACCUAUAGAAACAUCCAGGGGGAGGUUUGUACGACCAACUCCUCGAUUUAUGGAGGCUUCAAUGAGACGUAAUAGUAUACAGAUCAGUGCCAGUGAAACAGAAGAAGAAUUUAAGAAAGGGACUUCCAUGGCAACUUCACCUCACAAGAAGGAAACUGAUUUGACUAGUGAGGACCUAGCAGUAACACUCACUGAUACUGGAUCCAUUGAGGAAGCAGAGAAGAAAGUUAUCCGAACUCGUCGUGCAGCAAGUAGUUGUAUGCAGCGUAUGGCAAAAGCUCGACUAGAGUUCCACAAUAAAUUUGGAAACCGGACACCUGAUAGGAGCCGCCUUACGAUGUUUGAUCUCAUAUUUUACAACCCAGCUACCAACCCUAUGAAAUGUUCAGGACAAGAGAGCGAAAAUUCCAAACUCUCCCAGAGCCAAGAUACUGUAGGACAUGCAGUUGGGGAGCAACAGGAAGAGGAGAAAGUUGAUGAACCAACUGUUGAGACACUGAAUGAACAAAAUGAUGAGACUGCAGCUGACGAAGAAGACAUGGCAAUGCCAGUGCCUCAGGUCAAAGUGGGACCAGAUGGUCAGAUAAUCCUUGAUGAAAAAAGUUUGGUGAUAGAGACAACAGGCACAAAAAAGAGCAGAGAAGACCUUGCUAAUUCUGCUUUGAUAGUGGAUUAUGGCACAGGAUCUACAGGCUACGGUACUUACAGCAAGAAGGGCAAGAAAUUCAAGGAAUGGUCUAAGCAAGAAACCCUGAAGUUUUAUAGAGCUCUUAAUAGAGUAGGCACAGAUUUUCUUCUAAUGCAGUCCAUUUUCCCAAAACGAACAAGACGGGAUUUGAAAAUAAAAUUCAAGAAGGAAGAUCGCACCAAUAGAUUCUUGGUUGAGAAAGCACUUCGUUAUCCACUGGACUUUGAUCUCACAGAACUAGAGAAAGAUCUAGAAAAAGAAGAGGAGGAAGAGAGACAGGCAAAACUAGCAAAAGAACUUAAUCGAAAACCACCUCGCCAGAUAAAACAGAACAAUAUUCCAAGUAAAAAAAACAUGAAAGCCCGGAAAGGUUUUGUUUGUCGUUCAAUGGAUCCUGGAGACACAGGAGACCUGCCUGAGAAAAAGAAACAGGGAGAUAAGAGAAGAGAUGAUGAAGGAAAUGUAAGCGCAGAACAGCCACAUAAAACUGGAGGAGGAAGCUGCUCUUCAUUAUCAUCAUCAUCAGAUGAUGAAAAUGAACUUGAGUACUAUUACAAGAAAGAUCUCAAGUUUCGCACGGAAAAUUAUCCACUUAAUAGAAGUAUAAAAUCUGAUAACAGUAAUGAAGCAAGUGAUGAUACAGCAGAGUUGAAGUAUUUGUCCAAAUCCCCAAAACCUACAAGAUCUGGCCGCAUCCCUCAACAAAGAAAACACAGUGAAACAGAAGAUUAUAUUACAUUGGGAAAGAAAAGAAAAAGAAAGUCUAGCAAUUUGGUUGGUUCAGAGAAUAUAUCAAAACCUGGUACUGAAAGCAAGGUACUACCAUUGGAAGAUCUUACAAAUGUGGAGCCAGGUUCACUGGUUGUUAUAGCCACACAGUCUCCAACCAACCCUGCUCAUCAUGUGUAUAAGGUGUUCAUGGUAGCUCCAAAGCCUGUGGGUUUACAAAGUCCUGCUGCUACAGUGUCUCCUGAGACCGUGCCUUUGUCUCCAACAUCACCGUUCUCAGUGACAAGUAACAUACCUAAUAGCCAGUUACAUGGCGAAUCUCAGUCUCUGGUGAGUGGAGGUAAUUUGUGUGUUAGUGUAUAAAAUAUUGUACCUUAGCCCCUCUGUUUGUAUAUGAUGUAGACUGUGAUAUAUUCUCCAGCCUGUGAAAUUAAUGAGAAGAAACAGGUAUUUGUUGACGUGUGUCUGGGGUUCCAUGAUUAAUAUAACGGGUUUUGGAUUGGAUGAUUGGAUUUAUUGGCACUUCUUUACAAUAGAGAAAAUGUUGGAAUGUCAACAUUUCGGAACCCUGUGGGGCCUCCAUGACUUGUUACAGGGAUACCUUUACUUACUUUUACUUCCUAUAUGGCUUGUUAAUCCAACACAUGAUUUUCGCAGUUUUGUAGAAUGUUAAAUGUUAAUUUAUUUCUUAUAUGUUGUUUAAUAAUAUAUUUCUCUAUAAUGAAGGUACCUGUAUAAUAUUCUGUGCACAGAUGAAUGUACAUAAGUUCUGAAGUUUGCUUAGUGAUAUUCUGAUUGUGGUCUUUGUGGGUUGUGAAGCUGUGUAAUCUUGUUCGCUUCAUGAUUGACUCCAGAAGUGGAGGCAGCAUGUAGCUCUGAAAUGCCGGUAUCUGUGUUACAACCUGGAAGACCACAGUUUGAGUUACUAAAUGAACUGUACCAUUUAAAAUGUUUAUUGUAAAUUAGCAGCAUUACUUAAAAGUGAAGGAAAUAAACUUCUCCAGAAUUUUUUUUUUCACAUUCUACAGAUAUUUUCUUUUUGUGUGGAACCUGAGAAAAGGAGGUAGGAUUCCAUCUUGAUACUUAAAAAUGAAUUAUUUAGAGAAGCGUCAUUAAUGUUACAGCACUGGCCAAUAUUGCAACGAGGUCGUAAGUAGAUAUAUCUAUACCUUCUUUUUGCAAAGUCAGUGGGUAUGUAGAUAUCUCAUUUGUAGAACUAAGACUGAUAGGAUAGUACUGUCUCAUACGUACUUGAGAAUGGCUUGGUUGUUUACUGUCUUGUAUCAUUGUAUUGUAUCACUU